AAAAGUUCAAAAUGUGCCUAGAUGAAUGGCGGACGGUGGUUGCGUUGUUUAGCUGUCAAGAGUUUGUGUAUUUUUUGGGAAGUUGGAUAAUUCGUAUCGUUUCGAGCUCUUGUGGAACUGUUUGAAAUUAGUAGCGUGUUAACGAGCCAAUAAUGGCUGAAUAUUUAGCAUCAAUUUUUGGCACAGAAAAGGAUAAGGUUAACUGCUCCUUCUACUUCAAAAUUGGCGCUUGUCGGCAUGGCGAUCGAUGCUCGAGGAUUCACAACAAGCCAACGUUCUCUCAGACUGUGCUGCUACAAAAUUUAUACGUCAACCCGCAAAAUUCCGCAAAGUCUGCCGAUGGCAGUCAUUUGGUCGCUAAUGUAUCAGACGAGGAAAUGCAGGAGCAUUAUGAUAACUUUUUCGAGGAUGUAUUUGUGGAAUGUGAGGAUAAAUACGGGGAAAUUGAGGAGAUGAAUGUUUGCGAUAAUUUGGGAGACCAUCUUGUUGGAAACGUAUAUAUAAAAUUUCGCAACGAAGAAGAUGCUGAACGUGCGGCAAAGGAUUUGAAUAACAGAUGGUUUGGUGGUCGUCCAGUUUAUGCCGAACUAUCACCUGUUACUGAUUUCCGCGAAGCUUGUUGCCGUCAAUAUGAGAUGGGUGAGUGUACGCGCUCUGGAUUUUGCAAUUUUAUGCAUUUGAAGCCGAUAUCGAGGGAAUUGAGGCGGUAUCUGUACUCGCGCCGGCGAGGCCGUUCUCGUUCACGUUCGCCAAGGUCCCGUUCUCCAAGACCACGUGGAAGAAAUCGCUCAAAUGACAGGAGACGAUCUCGUAGUCGUGACAAUCGCGAGCGAUCUGAUAAUCGCAAAGGGCGGUAUUAACCGAUAUUGAUAAACACUUAAAAAGUUUAUGGACCUUUAAUUGUCAAGUUUUAAUCAAUAAAUGGCAUGGUGGCUCGAUG